AUGGCAUCAAAUUCACCUGAUAACGAAACACCUAACGCGCGGCCCUCCAAACGGCGCCGUGUAGCCGUCGCCUGUGAUGCAUGUCGAACCCGCAAAUCCCGAUGUGACGGCAAGCGGCCUAGCUGCUCGUUAUGUCAGGAUUUGGGGUUUGAAUGUGUUUACACGCCACCAUCAACGGCUGCUAAUGUUAUAGUACAGAAAGAUUAUCUGCACAGGCUUGAAGAUAGGGUGAAGAGCCUCGAAGAGUCGUUUGGAGCUGUCAGAGGUGAUUUGGAUGGGUUGGCGAAAAGGGUUGACUGUGGAGCAGAAAGUGGUAGGGAAAGACAUUCUGCCAUUUCUGUUCGAAAUGCCAGAGAGAGCCAGGGCGAGACGAGAAUUGCUGCGCCGAUGCCGGAUUUGAUUGGGACCGAGGAUUCAGUCGAUGGUAUGGGUGCAGUGAUUUUUGCGGAUGAGGAGGAUUCUGGGUUCUUUGGGCCUUCUUCAAAUAUUGCAUUUCUUCGACAUCUGUCAAGCGCAAUUGUCCAACCGGGGUAUUUCCCUUCACCUGGCGCCGCUGAGGGUGGCUUCGUGAAUGCAUCGAGGCCAUCAUCGCCACCACGCAAGAUUGGUCAAGAUAAGCGCAUGCAAGUGAACAUCUUCGCUUUGCCACCGCAAGAAAGCACCUUGGAACUCAUAGAACGCUAUUUCUCUAACACGGGAUUGCUAUUUCCUUACAUAUACCCACCCGUGUUCCUAGAUACAUAUCACCAGAUGGCACGGGAAAAUUUCAGUCGGGUACGGAGAACUUGGCUCGGUUUAUUAAAUAUGGUGCUGGCUAUGGCUACCAUCACAGCGAUUCCUGGAAGUGCGAGUGCAGAUGCUCGGAUCGAGGAAUCCGAUGUCUUCUAUCAACGUGGUCUUGGCUUGUGUGGAAGUGAAAUCUUGCGAGGGACAACCCUGGAAGUGGUUCAAUAUUUACUCCUGAUGGGCCAAUACCUUCAAGGGACACAAAAGUCAAUACAAGCAUGGACCGUCCAUGGAUUAGCUGUCAAAGCCGCUCUCCAGCUUGGACUACAUUCGCGGCAUGCAUAUAAAGUAUUUUCUCCUAUCGAGCAGGAGAUGCGAAAGCGGACUUGGUACGGUUGUGUGGUUUUAGACCGGACUCUGAGCAUGACUUUUGGCAGACCAGCAGCCAUUCCAGAUAGCUACGUCAAGCUCGAGCUGCCCUCGGAGCGAGAAUUUGAAAAUUCAACAGGAGUUGUGAAUGACGAGACAGCGGCCUUGAGUGUUGCGUUCUUCAAUUCGACAAUUGGACUAUAUAAGGAGCUAUGGAACGUCCUAGAGCUUCUCUAUGGCCAAAACAUCGGUUGCGAUGGUCCAUUACCAGUCAGCGAAACAGUAGCACACAUCUUCAGCUUGGAACAGCACUUGUUCUCCUGGGAACGGUCACUUACCCCUCCAUUACAACUUAUCUCAUCGGCUAGCAUUGAGAAUCUGCCUCAAGAUCAUAUGUCGUCCAAUACCGAAUAUCUGUCAUUGAAGUUUCAAGUCAUUUUGACCUUGAGAUAUCUUAAUCUUCGGGUUUUGCUCCACCGCCCGAUACUGGUCAAAUUUAUCACCGCAAGUAGGUCCUCCGAUCGCGAUCCUCAUGAUAUGAGAUUGUUGCAACAGAUCGGUAUGAACAGCUUGCAGAUAUGCGCGGAUUCCGCUAUGGAGAUUAUCGAUAUCGUACAUCGAGUUGUAUCAGAACCUGGAUGGAAGCGCAGCCUCCUGGGAGCUUGGUGGUUCUCAUUGUACUAUACUUUUAACGCGGCACUGGUCCUCAUCGGGGUGGUUUGGGUCUACCGUGAUACAAGCGUAACAAGCUCACCAAUGACAGACCAAGCAAGCAAAGCUAGACACUAUCCUGCCCGUGCAGUAGCAGCACUUUCCAAGCUAGAUGAAGGAAACCGGUUGAUCGAUCGAUGUCGGUAUUAUUUGGAACAAUUUAGCAAGGUCUUGAACGAUCCUGAAACGAGCCUUGAUGCUUCGACUGCAACCCAUCAUCUUCUGAAUGGUACUCGAGCAGGCCUUACAGGGGACGAGUUCAGUCUCUCGCCAUUUGGUAUGGACCUUGGCGAGUUCAUGAUGGAUGGGGAUCUUGUUGCGAUGAUGGAUCGUCAGGGACUUAUUCCUGUAGAUCCCGAUUCAACCUUCACUGCUUGA